CUUUUCACACCACUUAGGUGAUUCCGGUCUCCCAAAGCCGGAUAUCACGUGAUUAUCUCUCCUUCUCCAUGCAUUGUUUUUUAAUCUUUUAUCUCUUUAUCUCUUUAAUGUUGCAUUGUCUUUUCACUGCGAAUCAGCUAGCCAGUUUUAUUCAUAAUGCAAUUGUUUGAAUGGGCUUUUGGGAAAAAGCUAACACCCCAGGAAAAAUUGAGAAAGGUUUGUUUUAAGUUGUUCUUACAACAAUGAUAUCAUCAUCAUUAUUAUCAUCAUUGUUAUCAUCAUUUUCUUUAUUACUAUCAUAUUGACUGCAUACUGACAACAUCUAAACAUGGAUGACUUUAUUGCAGAACCAAAGAGCAUUGGAACGUACUCAGCGCGAACUAGACAGAGAAAGACAAAAACUAGAAAGACAGGAAAAGACCAUAGUGUCUGAGAUCAAAAAAUCAGCUAAAAAUGGCCAGAUAUCUGCUGCCAGAAUCCAAGCAAAGGACUUGGUCAGAACAAAAAACUAUAUUCAGAAAUUCAAUAACAUGAGAACUCAACUACAAGCCAUCUCGUUAAGAAUACAGGCUGUCAGAAGCAGCGACCAAAUGGCGAACUCAAUGAAGGAUGCUGCUAGAUUGUUAAAUGGCAUGAACAGAUCAAUGAACAUGCCCCAACUAACAAGGAUAGUCAUGGAGUUUGAAAAACAAAAUGAUAUUAUGGACCAGAGGCAAGAAAUGAUGGAUGACGCUAUUGACAACGCCAUGGGCGAUGAUAUUGAAGAAGACGAGGAAGAAGUAGACGAAAUCGUCAACCAAGUCCUAGAUGAAAUCGGUGUUGAUUUGAAUUCAAGUCUACAAAAUGCACCAGAAACCAUAGCACAAAAGAGCAAUCCGUUGUCCAAUAAUCCAGUUCCUCAAGCCAUCGGUGGUGGAAUAGGUGAUGAGGAUGAUUUACAAGCGAGAUUAGAUAUUUUAAAACGUCAAUAGAGAAUGUUCUUAUUUUGUUUUUUUAUUGUUAAGUUGCUUCAUUCUUUAAUUCUUUUAACUUUAUUUCAUGACUGUAUUUGUUUUUUUUCACAUAAUAAAGGCUAAUUAACCUAUACUUACAUUCUUUUCUAAUGUUCCUGGGUUUUGUAAUUGGA